GGGAAGAGUGCAAGGGGUGCAAUAAGCGGCAACGUCGCACGAACCCGAAUCACAGUGUUGCGCCGCAUUCCGCGCACUGUGGUUGAGUGUAGGGCGUCGUAUUGUUAUUCGACUACUAAAAAUGCCAAGAGUACGUGUGAGAAAAACUUCAAGAGGGCAGAUCGACAUAUCGAGCUAUGAAGACGCUUACAAGAGUGUAAAAGCUGGUCUCUCAUUGCGAAAGGCGGCGGAAAGGUAUGGAGUACAUUAUUGUAGCCUCCUUAGAUACAAACGAAAGCGAGAUGCAUCUGGCGAGGGAGAAAAUCCAGAUAUGGGAUAUAAAGCACAUAACCGUGUUUUUACCAAUGAGCAAGAGCAAGAGCUUUCAAAAUACUUGAUUCGAUGUGCGGAUAUAUAUUUUGGCCUAUCUAAAAAGGAGGUGAGAAAAUUAUCAUAUGAACUUACCGUUAAGUAUAAUUUAUCACGACCACGUACUUGGGAUGACAACGAAAUGGCAGGGGAAGAAUGGUUUCGGAUGUUUAUGUCAAGAAACCCUCAACUGUCUAUUCGCGCAGCGCAAGCUACCAGCCUCUCAAGGGCCACCAGCUUCAAUAAGAACAACGUAGAUACCUUCUACGACAAUUUAAGCAACGUCAUGGAUCGGUACAAGUUUGAGCCGCAAGAUAUUUAUAAUGCCGAUGAGACAGGCAUAACCACAGUACAAAAGCCUGACAGAGUGUUGGCUAGACGUGGUGCUCGUCAAGUGGGUUCUGUGACUUCGGCCGAAAGAGGUACUUUGGUAUCAGUAGCCUUUGCGGCAAAUGCAAUCGGAAAUGCACUUCCUCCAUUUUUUGUCUUCCCGCGAGUGCGUUUUCAAGACUAUUUCAUAAGAGAUGGGCCUAUAAGCUCUGCUGGAACUGCUAACCCUUCUGGCUGGAUGCAGGAUCAAUCAUUUCUGUGCUUCUUGGAACAUUUCAAAAAACAUACAAAUGCCGCUCCCUCACAUAAAGUGUUGCUCGUGCUUGAUAACCACGCGUCCCACGUUCAUAUUAACGCACUGGAUUUCUGCAAGGAUAAUGGCAUUGUAUUAUUAUCUUUUCCUCCCCAUUGCUCUCAUAGACUCCAGCCGCUUGAUCGAUCUGUAUUCGGCCCUUUCAAGAAAGCUAUAAAUUCGGCCAGCGAUGCAUGGAUGCGAAGCCAUCCAGCAAAGACAAUGACAAUUUAUGAUAUUCCAGGGAUUGUUGCGCUUGCUAUGCCCCUUGCUUUUACUCCAUCAAAUAUUCAAGCCGGCUUCCGCAAAACAGGAAUCUCUCCAUAUAAUCGGGAUCUGUUUACAGAGCUCGACUUUGCUCCUGCAUUUGUCACGGAUAGGCCAAACCCCGAAAAUACAGCUGAGGCUAUUACGGAUAGAUCAAACCACGAAAAAAUAACUGAGGAUGUUACGGAUAGACCAAAUCUUGAAAUAUUAACAGAGGCAGAGGUUCAUAUGGAAAGACCGAGCCCUGACAACACACCUGACGCAGAGAUUGUUACCUUGCCAAAUAUGCCACGAGGAGAUGAAACGCCACCACUAUCGCCUUCUAUAUUAAUUGAUGAACCGUCACUAGAGACUGUGGAACAGCAACAAGAUAUCAGCAAUUCACAAAUUCUGAGAACUGAAGGGCAACCGAAUAUUGAAGAUCCUGAAACCUCGAAUACACCACCCAGACACCCACAUCAGACUUCUGCAAAUCCCUCAACAAGUGCUCAGCCAGAAACAUCUAGUGACCCUAUUGUUUUUUCACCGGAAGCAAUACGACCAUUACCAAAAGCUCUCCCAAGGAAAGGGAAUAGAGGAAAAAGAACCAGAAAGUCUACAAUAUAUACUGAUACACCAGAAAAAGAAGAGAUAAGAAAAGAACAUGAAGCAAGGCUAAAGAGAACCAAAGCUAAGCUAGUUAAGAAACGUUUGGAUGGAGUAAAAAUGAAGAGAAAUACCACAAAAGGAAAGAAAAAUACUACAAAAGGGAAAAGAAAUAAGACACAGCAGGAAUCAUUAUCAUCUGAAGAGGAAGAGUGCUACUGUAUCAUCAACAUGACGACGUCAUCUGAAGACAUCACGUACAUGUUCGAACAACAUGCGCAAGACCCGCUGGCAAACUUUGAUGAAGAUUAUCCAGAGUUGGCCAGACUCCACCGCGAACCAAAGAAGAGGAAGCCUGCCAAGCGAAAUGUUAGCGUGCAGUGCGUCUCAAAAAAAAUACGUCAUAAGGACACAUCAUCCUUCGUGCUACAAAACCACCACACCCCGGGCACUCGACUAAUUAGAGUCCAAGUUGUCGAUCUAGAGAACAGUCCUCAAGUUACUCAUGACAACGGGGACCCUGAAGAAAACAUUUUAAUGAGCGCCCAGUACGUGGUACAUAAGGAUUCCUAUGAUGAAGUGUUAACGCAGACAGAAGCACUUAUCGCAAACAUAUCAAAAAAGUUGUGUAAUUAUCAUUUCUAG